CCCACCGCGGCUCAGUUGUCAGCAGACCACGGAUAGGGGAGUAUGUGCCGUCCAGCGCUCUGAUCAGUGUCCCUUGUCCCCGUCACCAGUUCGUAUCGACCCCGUAAAGUGAUAAUGAUUCCCAAUAGACUGUCCUAGUGGCUGUUAAUAAGAUAAAAAACACCACUUAUUACCAGAAAACAUACCAAAGAAUCUAUAUACCAAAAAACACCACUUAUUAACAGAAAACAUACCAAAGAAUCUAUAUACCUGUGAAUUAGUGAUUUUAGUGUAUUUGGCGUGUUGGUGUUUACGUGUUAUGAAAAUGGGUAGUUACGGGAUGCUCAUCAACGCUCCAGCCACAUACGGAGACGGGGAGGAGCCGUACCCGAGCCUCAGUGACUUCCAUGAUUACGAACCCAACUUGGAGUUUGAUGACACGGAGCUGCACAGUGCAUCGUCAGUCACCGACCUGCCAGAGCUGCUCCCUGCCACCCCUGAUUACCUCGAGUCACCAGUAUCCGACGGCACCAUUGAGGAGAAUUUUGAGGCGGAGCUGGGUGGGGCACUAGUGGAGGAGGAUGAGGCGGCCCUGCACCAGACCUUCACAGACGACGACGACUUCACGGACAUCGCUCGGCACGGCAUUGUGGACAUAGUGGGGGAUGAUACCUACGGCCGGAAGGUGAUUGUGGUGUCCGCCUGCAAGCUGCCCAGUAACAAGGUGUUCAACCAUGAAAAGUUUCUCAAGUACCUCAUGUUCACCUUGGAUCAGUACGUGGAGCAGGAUUACUCUCUGGUGUACUUCCACUAUGGCCUCAACAGCAAGAACAAGCCACCUGUGUCCUGGCUGUGGUCGGCGUACAAGGCUCUCGACCGCAAGUACAAGAAGAACCUGAAGGCGCUCUACCUCGUCCACCCAACCAACUUCAUCCGGGUCGUCUAUAAUAUCUUCAAGCCGGCCAUUAGUGCAAAGUUUGGGAAGAAAGUGAUGUAUGUGGACUACCUCACUGACCUCCAGCAGCACCUCCAACUGAGCCAGCUGCCCAUCCCCCCUUGUGUACAGCAACACGACCAGCAGCUCCUGGCCAAGUUGAAGAGUGUCCCUAAAGCCCCAGGAGGAGGUGCCCACAAGCCCCUCCCCACCCAGCAGUUCGGCGUGUCUCUACAGUACAUCAAGGAGGCCAACCGACAGGACCCCAUUCCCCCUGUGCUCAAGACGUGCAUCACCUUCCUCGACCAUCCUGACGCCCUGGAGACAGAGGGGCUGUUCCGUCGGUCAGGGGCAGCAGUGGUGGUCAAGAGUGUGCAGGAGCGCUUCAACCAGGGCGAGGAGGUGACCUUUGACCUCACCACGGAUGUACACACUGCCGCUGUCAUCAUCAAGACCUUCCUCAGGGAACUGGAGGAGCCACUCAUGACCUUUGACCUUUACGAUGAAGUCAUCCAAUUUCAGGGGCUGAGUCGCAGUGACCGCCUCACCUCCCUCAAACAGAUGGUGCUCGAGAAACUACCUGAGGACAACUACCUGGUGCUCAAGUUCCUUGUUAAUUUCCUCUCCAAGGUGAUGGACCGCAGUGACCUCAACAAGAUGACAGCCAGCAACCUUGCCGUGGUGUUUGGCCCCAACCUGGUGAGGCCAAGGGGUGGCCAGAUGUCCCUCAAUGCCAUUGCCCCCAUCAACCUGUUUGUGGAAGUGAUGCCUUUCCCACCACCACCAGAUCUUUGUGCUCUGAGAGGCAGCCCAUCAGAGCCAGGGAGUGCUUGUAGGCUGAUGUGCUCCUAAUGCCACCAGUUGAUAAGAGCUGUGAGUAUCAGUCCUUCAGAGCCAGGGAAUGCUGUGGGGGUGAUGCUCCUCCACCACCACCACUGCAAGAGCUUGAGUUGAUGAGAAAGUCACACAGCCCCACAACUCCUCCCAUAAAGCCCAGUGAGGGUGUAUGAGUGACUUGUUUUGUUGUAGCACGCUCAGCUGUUUGUGGUGCUACGCCAGGAGCACUGUGCUAGUGGGGAGGCCGUCUCCACAAACUCCGCCCACUGCCCUUGAAUAGGUGCAUCAUCAGGUGGUCCAGGGGUGGAUGAUGCCACUUCCACCCAGCACCCUCCACCCUGGGUGCUGCUUUCCACCCACUUCUCCAUGUCAAUAGGGGGCCAGGAGGAAAUCCAGUCCACCCAUGUUGCCAGUGGGUGCGGCUCUUGAGAAUCCAAUGUAACAGACAGACACAUGAAGGAAAAUGUUGUGACCUUUCUAAAGUGUAAGAACUUUAGUUUUUAGGUGAUUUAACAGCCAGAGACCUUUAUCAUCUACUAUGUAUUCCACUGUGUGUGUGUGUGUGUGUGUGUGUGUGUGUGUGUGUGUGUGUGUGUGGGGGUUUGUGUGGGUGAGUGUUUGUAUGGACUUCACAACGUAGCUUUGCUUCACUACACUGCACUAGAGAGAUCAAGGUAUUUUUGAUAUAAGAAAAGUGUGUGUGUGUGUGUGUGUGUGUGUGUGCACGCGUGUGUGUGUGUGUGUGUGUGUGUGUGUGUGUGUGCGCGUGUGUGUGUGCGCGUGCAUACAUGCAUGUAUUUAGUCACCACAGCACCUCAUUAUUACUUCCUCUCUCUCUCUCUCUCUCUCUCUCUCUCUCUCUCUCUCUCUCUCUCUCUCUCUCUCUCUCUCUCUCUCUCUCUCUCUCUCUCUCUC